GAUUUGACGAGUAACGCUCUCGCCGGCCGUCUGUUUGGCAUUCCUGUGGCGGGAACCAUGGCGCACUCUUAUGUCACUUCCUUUUCCUCUCUGGAGGAGGUGUGGCCACAGACUCUGGUGCCCUGCGGCGGCGGAGGCCCUAUUGACUUCAUCUGUCUGGUGAAGGGCUGGCUGGGUCGCGUCUGCCAGCUGUUGGGGUCAAAGACGAGCCUCGUUCGGGAGGGAGAGCUGGCGGCCUUCCUGUCCUACGCCAUCGCCUACCCGCAAAACUUCCUGCCUGUGAUUGACAGCUACAGCGUCAGCUGCAGCGGUCUGCUGUGUUUCUGUGCCGUGGCUCUGGCUCUGUAUGAGCUGCAGUACCGGCCGCUGGGCGUCAGGCUGGACAGCGGGGACCUCUGCAGGCAGUCGCUGGAAGUGCGGCGCGUCUUCAAAGAAUGUAGCCAACAGUGAGACACUAAUAACACAACAU